UGGAAAGCUAGCUGUACGCAUCCUCUUAAAAAACGGCAGAUUUCAGUUUCGUAGUCUCCAACUUAUUCUCCUUUAAGUAAGGAAAGAAGAAAAGAAGUGGCUUAUUAAAUAAAGGUUGUGGCAGAGCAUUUUGUAAGAUACCAGUAUACCCAUGGGCAUGGAGCACACAGGACAGUACCUGUAUCUUGUUUUCCUAAUGACAACAGCGUGUUCCUUGUCUCCAGGAACAAAAGCAAACCAUACACAUAUGUGGGCUAACAAUAUCACUGCUUGGGGCUCCAUUAAUCAAAGCAGCACAAGCAAACAUCACAGUGAGAAGAGCACAGACCCUGUAAUUGCUGCAGUGGAUCACAGAGUGAGUUCUACAGACAUGCCUGCAUCAUCUCCCACUGUAUCAUCUACCCCGAAGCCCUCUGGGCCCCAGGUCUUCACAAACAGUUCUCCAACUGCAGAGAUCACUCAAAGCACAAGCAAAACUCAUGGGGAAAUUUUUAAAAACGAUGUCUGUGAGGAAAACAACAGCAACAUGGCCAUGCUAAUUUGUUUAAUUGUAAUUGCCGUGCUUUUUCUUAUCUGUACUCUUCUGUUUCUAUCAACUGUGGUUCUGGCAAACAAAGUCUCGUCUCUUAGAAGGUCAAAACAAGCAUGCAAGCGCCAGCCUAGGAGUAAUGGUGACUUUCUGGCAAGCAGUGGGCUCUGGACUGCUGAAUCGGACACUUGGAAAAGAGCAAAAGAGCUCACAGGCCCAAAGCUCCUGAUGCAAUCUACUGCUGUGCUCACAGCUACCAGGGAAAGGAAGCACGAAGAAGGAACUGAAAAACUCAACUAGGCCGCGCGUUUUUGGAAAGGGAAACGCAAAGCAGCAAUGAGGAAGGCUGGGUGAAAAUAAAGCUGGCUGGUGGUAUUUUACAGCAAUGUUUGUUCAGAUGUCUGAUCAAAAAUCUGACAUGCAGUUUAGUAUCAAAGAAAACAGAAAGGGAGAUGUAUGCCUGCUGAAGUUACUUAAAACUUCAUUUCUGUUUCACAUUUCAAAUUUUAAAAAAAGUAAAUAAAACAGCAGCUGAGGAAACUAAUAGAAAUAACAACAACAAAAAGAAAUAACAAGAGGUAACUAAAUAAAUAUUCCUGUUUGGCAAUAGGUGACCUCUGUAUGAAUGUACUUGAACUUGGAAGAGUUCUACUAAGUCCUAAGAGCCAAACAGAUGCCACAAUGCCAUAAUUCAACUGAGUAAUGCAAUGGUGCAUUCUCACUGGAUGAGAUAGAACCCAUACCAGUUUGAAUCUUAGCACAGCUAACCUUAGGCUACUUCUCUUUACCUUUACAUAUGGCACGAGACAAAUGUGCCUUUCUACUAUAAAUAAUAAACUAAAGCUUAAUUUUGUACAAUAAAUGAAAAAAAUUACAGCAAA